AUGACAUACACUUUCUAUAACCGUAAUUAUAUGCGAGUUUACGGGGGAGCUUACUCCAUUACUAUCUGUUCUGGGAUACCAAACAAAGAUUUAUCAGCUAUAGAAGUAAUGAAAGAAGACGACUCAAAAAUCAAUUAUAUCUUCCGAGAUAACAGGUCUUCAUUAUGGUUACCUAGAAAACAGCCAGGUCAUCCAAAUGAAGGAAAUGAGACCGCAUCAUUGGUACCAGAUGCCAAAGAGAAUUUGCCAGACGAAGGAUUGAUUACUGGAAAUACAUUGCUCUCAAUUUCACCUCUUCGUGCCUCCGUGGUUACUCGUUUUUUAAUCUUUUGUUUGCUUUCUAUCACAAAAAUAUCAGUGGAUUAUUUUCAGCUGCUUGCUGAUGGAAUUUUAUAG